UUGAAAUAUCUUUUGCAGGUAUAUUGUUAUGUGAAUGUGUGCCUCCGUUUGGCACUGGUUUGCAUUUUGUAUGGACAUUAUUUUGUGACAUUUUUUAUCGAACGAUGGAUCCUCAACUAGACAACGAUAUUUUUGAAGAUAUCCCUGAUGUAACCCCCAUCAAUCCGGGACCCUCCGACGGCCAGGGAACAGAUACUCCACGAGACAAGAACAAGAUUGUUUACCUCACAUUUUGCAUUCUCGGAAUUUGUGCAUUAUCGCCCUGGGUUUUCUUCACCACCCCCAGUAGCUAUUGGAUGUACAAAUUCAGGGAUGCAAAUGCCACCGCCGAUGAUGAUCCUCAUACGAAGACGGAGAUGCAGAAGAGUUUCUUGUCAUACUUGAGUCUUGUGGCUACAAUUACGGUCACUAUGUCUUUGGUUGUUAACGCUGUUUUGUGCCAUCGGGUUCACAUUAAUUACAGGAUCUUGGGAUCAAUCGUGUUGCUUUUUGCAUUUAUGGUCAUGACUACUUGCCUUGUGGAUGUUGAUACGGACAACCCGUAUUUCCGCGAAGGAGAAAGUCAGACACAUCAACUGGCGUUUUUCGUUUUCACGCUGGUGACUGUGGCGUUGAUGAACGUUGUUGUUGCCGUGUUGCUUGGUGGAGUGAGUGGAAUAGCUGGCAAAUUCCCAGCACAUUACAUCACAAUCUACGCCAUUGGACAAGCCUUGAGUGGCAUGAUUGCUGCUGCAGCCAGGAUCAUCACCCUGCUACUUGGAGCAUCCGACGAAGGAUCCGCUUUUGUGUAUUUCGUUUUUGCGGAUUUAGUUUUACUUUUCGGUGCAGGAGUGUAUGCGUACGCGUCGAGGCAAGAGUAUUUCUUGCAUUUCCAGCAUCUGGGAGUUCAAGACGAAAGUGAUGAAUUGGAGUUGCUGAGCAUGAAAAGCAUGGUUGCGCAACGGGAAGUUAUGAAAAAGAUUUGGGAGGAAGCCGCGACUGGAAUGCUCACAUUGAGUGUGACGCUCUGCAUAAAUCCGUCGUUGACAAGUUUGGCUGUGUCGGAAUCUAGUGGUGAUGAUUCUAUGUGGACAAACGAAAUUUACAUUCCGUUGUGUGGAUUUCUCGUCUUCAACUUCGGGGACGUGUUUGGCAGGAUCAUCGCUGGCUGGAUUCGUUGGCCUGGCCCUGCGGACAAAGGAGUUUCCUUGGUACUUUCAAGUGUCAGACUUGGGAUGAUACCUUUAUUCAUGUUGUGCAACCUACAUCCGAGAUCUUACUUGCCUGUGUAUUUGGAGUCAGACUACUACUACGUGAUCUUGUCUGCGAUCUUGGGCCUUACAAAUGGUCAUUUGUGCAACAGUGCGAUGAUGAACGCGGCUACGAAAGUCGGGCAUCAUCACCGAGAAAUUGUGGGGCUGUUGAUGGCUGCGUACCUUGGAAUAGGAAGUUCGCGACAUCGAGGAAACUUCAGUGCUCUUCUCUGCUACGGGCUGAUCGCAGUCAUCGUAAUGUCUGAACCGCUUUCGGGCGACACGACGCGGUUCUUCUCCCGCAAACUCGUUUUCGUCUACUCCACGGUCCAGGCCAUCGAAUCCGACAUUGGCAAGUUCAUCGACGAGUUCAUCGCUGCAAAAAGCUUCACCGCCGAAACCUUCUCCCGCAUUUGGCACCAAAACAAGUUCGCCUACGUGUUUGCCGAAAUCCCGCACCCCGGCGACGCCAUUGAAUUCGCCGAGACCCUCUUGUCCGUCACUCGGAACUUCUUCCUUCCGCCUCGCGACAUGUCCGUCCGCACCGCUGCCCUUUUCCUUUUGCACGCCUUUUUCGUCGUCCAGCCGGUGUCUCGCAGAGCCCACGUGAUCCUGAGCACAGAGCACUUCAAGGACGUGCGCGGGCACGUCAAAUGGAUGAUGGCGAACGAAGUCACGGAUGGACUCGUGUUGCUGGCUUCCUUGGUGCGGAUCGGCGGGAUUUUCUACUGUCUGGACCCGCAACCCCGGGAACCCGAGUUUUUCCGCGAGUACAAUAUCGAAGCUGGGGUAGUUGAGUCGUCGCGAGGGGACGUGGUGAGUGGAGUGGAUCCCGAGCUGGCUGAACGAGUGGACACUGCCCUGAAGCAGUUUACGUAUUUGAGUGAAAAGUAUUCGAACGUGUGCAAGUUGUUGGAGGAGAGACUCGGGGUGGAGCAAGCCCGGAGAUUGUUUCCCAUGGGCACGGAUCCGAUUAAGCUUCCGGCGGCUGGGCAAGAUGUCGCUGCGGAGACUGUGGAUGAGAAAGAACAACGUGGUGGUGUUGCUGGGGAGACUGAGAAUGAGUCGAUUAUUGACCGGAGACGGAGAUUGCGGAAUGCGGCUUUUGGAUUUCCUGCUGCCAAAUCGUGACGGUGAAAGGAAGUGAUGCAAAUUUGCUAUGUUUUUGUUUUGUGUUGGUUUUUUUUACUACGAGCGGUGUACUUGCAUUUGUAAAGUGUUUUUUUUUUCUAAAUGAACAUUUUUGCACUGAAUGGCUGAGUGUUCUGGAAUUGAAUACAGUCUCAAACCUUUGUAAGUUGAUCCUUGAGAGACCAGCAGAAAUAUUCGAAUUGAGGAAACAAGCAUUUUUGUUGUGGGGGGAAAGAAGGAAGAAUUACAGAGAAUUGUAAUUGGUGAUAUUCUGGGCC